AUGAGCCCAAAGAAGUUUUAUGAUUUUUUUAAAUCUUUAAACAAAGAACAGAAAAAAGCUGUUAGAGAAAUGGGAUUGGGAUCUUUGCUGAGAAUUGCAACCAAUGGAAUUUCUGGGAAAUUGGCACGUUUUGUUGUGAAUUCAUUCAAUCCAUUAGAUAUGAAAAUCCAUCUACCUAAUGCGAAGAUAGACAUAACACCAGAACUUGUUCAUGAUUUGCUUCGAAUUCCUCUAGGUGGAAAAGAUAUAUAUAACAUUGAUCAAUGUGAAGGAAAAGAAUUAAUGGAUUGGAAGCAACAGUACAAUUUCAAGGCUAUGAGACCAUCAGAUAAUAAGCCUGGAACUUGUAAGACAACAGUAUUGCCACAUUUGUUAGGCAAAACACCUAUGAGAGAAAUUGACUGGUGUGGUUUUAUAACUAAUUGCUUGAAAAUGUCAAAGAUGACGUGGGAUGAAACCGAUAGAGGAAACUACUAUUGUGGGCCACUUCUUGUAUUAUUGUUAGCUUAUUUGGAGUUUAUGAAGAAUGAUGAGAAUGAAAAAAGACAAAUACAUGCACUACAUUUUUGGGAUUAUGAAAUGAUGGUGAAAAGGGAAAAAGCUGAGUUAAAGAGUGGUGACUUUGGAACUUUGGAAUGGAAUGAUGAUGUUAUAGAGAAUGAUGAAGAAUCCGACACCGAUGAAAAUGAAGAUAUGAAACUCGAUGAAUUGGUAUUCAAAGCGAAAAAGAAUUACAAAAAACUAGUGAAUGAUAAACUGAAGUUUGGAAAGUUAAUUGAGUUUUCAACAACAAAAUUCACAGAAAGCGAUGAGUUGAAAGAUAUGAAGAAAGUCUUUGAACAAGAAUUCAUUUAUAAAACUCAAAAUGAAGAUGAAGAAAAAAGCGAUGAGAAUUUGAAUGAACAUGAAAUAAAGAAUCAACCAAUCAUGGUAACACCAGGAAAUUUGUACAAUGAUCCAAUAGUGCAUGAGAUUGCUGAUUCUAUUCAAUGUAUUUUAAAUUUUGAUGAUUAUGAUGAUUUUGAAAAUGAUGGAGAUGAAAGCAGUGAAGAUCAACACAUGAAGAAAGAAAUAAAAAAUGAAAAACUUGAUGAAGGAGAAAGUUAUGAUUCAGAAGAAACAGAAUGUGACAAUAAUAUCUUGGGAAUUGAAGAUGAUGAAGACAAAAAAAGAGAAGUAGGAAAAAGAUUAAAAAAACCAUCAUUGAAGCUAUCUUCUCCUUAUAAUAAAAAAGAGACUAAGAGAGGUUAUGUGCUUGGAAGAGGAAUGAUUGAAACAAUGCAGGCAGGAUUAUGGGUACAUGCACAUGUCAUUGAUGCUUGGACUGAUAUUUUGAACUAUAAAGAAAAGCUUAAAUCAAAUUCUACAGUGAAUCGGUAUUUCUUUGAUACAUCAAUGGUGGUGUUUUUCCCAGUUCAUCAAAAAAAUCACUUUUACAUCAUCUGCAUAAACUUAGAGGAACUAGCGGUUGAUGUCAUUGAUAAUAGGAAUUCAGUUGCAAAGUUUCCUAGAGCUUAUCGUGAUGCACCUAAUGAAUUGGUACUUGAUGAGGGUCAAUCACAAAUCAACUUCAACUUUGGAGGGUGUUGA